AAAAAUUUAAUCAAGAUGAGUUUUUAUAUUUAGCAGAAUUUACAAUCUUGAAGAACAAUAAUUCAGCUGAUAACAUUAUGAAUGAAGGCUCUUUUGUACUCCUACAAUUUUCAAGUAAUGAGAUUAUUUGUGAAGUAAAAAGUAUUUGUGAUAAUAAUAGUAAUGAUAAAGAAAAUAGUAAUGAAGAAAGUAGCAAUGAAGAAAGUAGCAAUAAAGAAAGUAGCAAUAAAGAAAGUAGCAAUGAAAAAAGUAGCAAUGAAGAAAGUAGUAAUAAAGAAAGUAGUAAUGAAGAAAGUAAUGAUGAAGAAA